CGACUAUAAACCAAAGUGACGACAUGCUAUGUUUGUUGUCAUAUCUGUUUUUGUUGUGAAGAGCGAAGGCGAGGAUCAUCUCUGCUCGGACGGACUUAUGGUGAACAUCAUAGAGAGGUAGAAUGUGAAACACGAUGGCUGGUUUUGAAACGUACCAGGAGUAUCAGCGAAUAGAAGAUUAUGAUGAAGACUCUCCUCCAGGAGAGGAAGAAUUACUCAUCCAUGUGCCAGACGGCAGAAGAGACCCGUGGCAUCAUAUCAAGAAUCUCGACAAUUUCUUCACAAGAAUCUAUCAUUUCCAUCAGAGGAAUGGAUUCACCUGUAUGGUGUUAUCAGAGUUUUUUGAACUUGUGCAAUUCCUGUUUGUGGUCACGUUUACAACCUUUCUCUUCAACUGUGUGGAAUAUGAUGUUCUCUUCGCCAACCGAGUGGUCAACCACACGGGUCAGAGCCUCGGUCCUCUGGACAGGAACAAGGUCACCCUUCCUGACGCGAUUUUACCCACCGAGCAGUGCACUGAGAGGAUUCAAGGAAACAGCUGGAUCAUCUUCCUCUUGAUAAUGGCAGCCAUAUUCUGGGUCUAUCGGCUCGUGAAGGUGAUCUGCAAUGUCAUCAGCUACUGGGAGAUCCGACAGUUUUAUAAAAAAGCACUGAACAUACAGAUGGAUGAACUUUGCAACUUCACGUGGCAAGAAGUUCAAGGCCGUUUGAUCCGCCUGCAGCGCGAGCAGCCCAUGUGUGUCCAGAAGCGUGAUCUUUCUGAACUAGACAUCUACCACCGCAUCCUGCGCUUUAAAAACUACACAGUGGCCAUGAUCAACAAGUCCCUGCUGCCCGUCAGACUGCGUGUGCCCUUCUUGGGUGACAUGAUCUUCCUCACGCAGGGCCUGAAAUACAACUUUGAGCUCAUUCUGUUCUGGGGACCUCUGUCGCUCUUCCAGAACAAAUGGAGUCUGGAUCCCAAAUACAAGCGGGCGGCAAACCGGCAGGAGCUGGCCAAGCAGCUCAGCCGUGUCAUCCUGUUGACGGGUCUGGUCAAUCUGCUGCUGUGUCCAUUCGUGCUGGUGUGGCAGGUGCUGUACGCCUUCUUUAGCUACGCUGAAGUCAUCAAGCGUGAGCCGGGAAGUUUGGGAGCCCGGCGCUGGUCGCUGUACGGCCGUCUCUACCUGCGCCACUUUAACGAGCUGGAUCACGAGCUGCAAGGCCGGCUGGGACGUGGGUACAAAACUGCCGCGAAAUACAUGAAUUCUUUCGUUUCUCCUCUGUUGGCGGUGCUGGCCAAGAACGUGGCUUUCUUCUCCGGCUCGGUUCUCGCCGUGCUCAUCGCUCUGACGGUGUACGAUGAAGACGUGCUGACCGUGCAACACAUCCUGACGGCCAUCACCGUACUUGGUGUGGUCAUCACCAUCAGCAGGUCGUUUAUUCCAGAUGAACAUAUGGUGUGGUGUCCUGAACAGCUGCUUCAGUGCGUCCUGGCCCACAUCCACUACAUGCCCGACCACUGGAAGGGCAACGCCAACAAGAGCGAGACCCGCGACGAGAUGGCACAGCUUUACCAAUAUAAAACCGUCUUUAUAUUGGAGGAGCUUCUGAGUCCCAUAAUCACCCCCUUCAUCCUCAUCUUCCCCCUGCGGAGCAAGUCUUUAGAAAUCAUCGACUUCUUCCGUAACUUCACCGUUGAUGUGGCAGGGGUGGGAGACAUUUGCUCAUUCGCCCAGAUGGACAUCAGGCGCCAUGGAAAUCCACAGUGGAUGUCUGAAGGUCAGACGGAGGCCUCAGUGUACCAGCAGGCUGAGAAUGGGAAGACGGAGCUGUCGCUGAUGCAUUUCACCAUUAAAAACCCACGCUGGGAGCCCCCACAGGAGAGCUCAGUGUUCAUCAGCCACCUGAAGGAGAAGGUGCAUCAGGACGCUCAGACAGGACCGUCUCCUCAGCUGCUGCUGUCCGAGGCUCCUCUCUGUACCUCGCUGCUGUCCAAUGAGUCCGCCACGGGUCCUGAUAACCUGUUAGCCAGUGUGUUGGCUCACCCCGUACUGACCGCCUCUGGACUUCCUGGGAGGAAUCGGCGCUUUAUCCCUCCGAGCAGUGCGGCUUCCGCUGCUGCUAGUGUCCUGGCGUCCCUUUCGUUUUCUCAGCAGCCCCACGCCGGCCGUUCUCGCUCACACACUCUCCUGCCGUCCCGACUGCACCACGACAGCACCAUGUACUGCAGCGACCACACUGUGGACCACAGUAUGUCUGCAAGUGAGUCCAGAGUGCUCAGCCAGUCUCAUUCGGCCCUGGCGUCAGAGUUCGCAUCAACCGAGAUGAGCCUGCAUGCUAUAUACAUGCACGAGGUACAUCAGCAAAAGACCCAGCAUCCAUCUGGACCAAUUCAGACCUGUGUGCCAAUGAAGGACUUGAGCACCAACUGUGCUGAAGGUCCUCAGAUACAGUCUGCACAGACAGUCACCUUGGUGCCGCCCGCUUCUGGCCGCUUGGGCGGCUGGGCUGAACAGGAAGAGGAGGAGGAGAUAAACACCAACCCUGUGCUGGAUCAGACCAGCAGAGGGAGCAGCUGAAGUGCCUUCAACCUGAACAUUCUUGUUCAUUUCUGGUAGUUGUGGCCUCACUUUGGUUUGAAAGCCUUUGAUUGAGCAUGUUGGGACGCCACACAAAGCAUGUCGUUCAAGAAGCCCGUCGGAGCCGUUCGGUUCUCUGGAUGCUUCUCUGGAUCUUCCAGUUUAGAGGAACUGUGACAUAACGGACUGAAAGAGUAUGUCUGCCACUUCCCUCCCUCGUCACGUCACUUACAUUUAUAUUUCAGAGUGCUGUGUGUUGGAGUGUGUGUGUGUGUUUGUUUUGUUUAUGACACAACAGGGUGACACUUGUUUUACAGUAUUUAUUUCCAUUGCAUUCUCUUUCAUGCAAUGUCCGUUUUAUUUGGGUUUGAGCAAGUUAUGUUUUCCGCCUCUCGGAUUUGAAUGAGAGCCAGGGAGUAUUUACUUUUGAAUGAAAACAUCCCUUUGGUGUAUUAUUGCUAGUUUCACUUUUAUGUCACAGAAAAUAUCACUGAAUGUAAAAUCAUACCAGUUGCCUCUUUAGGAAAAAAAGAAACAAAUUCUCAAAAUUAUAAAACAUAUGAUUUUUUUUUUCCUUAAAGAAAAUAUAAAUACACUUAAGGAUUUUUGCCUUAUUUAAAAUUUGAAUUAAAAUUAAAUUUGCAUUUGCAAAUGUUUUGAUAAAUCUUAUCAAUAACCACUUGAAUAAAAAUGUAAACAAAAAAAGAUUUUAGCAAAAAAAUGUAUCUUGAUUUACCAAAAAGCUUUUGAUUUGCAGGGGAACGCACAAGUUCUUAAACUAAAUAAAAAUUGUAAAAGUCUUAUUUUUUGUGGUUUGUCUAAAAGUAGCAUUUCAUCUACAGCAACAAAUAGACAUCUUAGACGACUUUAUGACUGCAUUAAAGGAUUUUGGUUAUGUAAAAAUUGAUAGAAUGAAUAUGCACUGUAAGUCGCUUUGGAUAAAAGCGUCUGCUAAAUGCAUACAUUUAAUUUAAUUUAAAUAAUGCUAAAGCUAUGAGAAUGAUUAACUAUCAAACUGAAGAGUUCAUGUGAAAAAAAAAAGAGUAAAUGAUUAAAAUGAAAGCCAGACAUUAGUCCCAGUUCACAGCCAUUGGGACAUUAUUUCUAAAAUACUUGUAAACCGCAGAUUAUUGAACCACUUAAGAAGUUAAAAUUAAACUCUAUUUAAGAUAAAAAGCAGGUUGAAGAUGUUAGUGUGGUGUUUUUGAUGUUGGUUUAGGAUUUGUACUCCGUACCUAACUGAUAACAAUCUCUUCCAGCGUGUUGAAUUAAAUAUUACACAUCUGACCGAUGAUCUGAGAAGUCGUAUCACAGAAUUCAUCAGUUUAAGCUGUUAUUGUCCUGUGUCCGUGUCUACCAAAACUGAAGAGUGUGUUUUUUGUGCUGUGUUUGCGAUUAAAAGUUCGGUCAAUUCUCACACUAGGAUCUGCCAUUAUCAAGAACAAAAUAGAUUUUAACUAAUGCACUCUCUCAAAGCGUAGGAAGGCUUGGUUCUGUAAUAUAGUACUACCACGAGAACCUAAGGGCUUUUGACAGUUUACACAUGGUAUAUGACACUCUGGUCAGAGAUAUACCCACAGUUCUUGUAAAACACUGAACUUCCUGUGACCAGAGCAUGGCCACAUAUGCUUUAAGAUAUCAUCUACUUGAAAUACUGCAGUUAGAGAGUAGCUUCAAGCGUAGUUAAUAAAGAUAACGACAUCUAUAUCAGACCCACUGAAAUACCUCCUGUGUAUGUACAGUAUUUAUUUGUGUGGGACAUUAUUGAACAAACGUCAUCAGGAUGUAGUUGCAGACGUGCAGUUUACAGUGUUAAGGAUUCGAGGGGUUUCCACACAAGACUGUGUAAGUGAAACACAUUGUUUUAAAGCUCUGUUAUCAUAAUUUUCUGUUUUAACAGUCUGCGGUUGGACUGUGUCAGGUGCUAUGAAUGUGUAUAUUUAAUUUGUUUUAAUAUUUAUCAAUUUUUUUUUUUGUCUGAUCGAAAUAACUCUAGAAAAAAAUAAACCUUAUCUACUGGGA